CUCUUUACCGCCGUUACUCUGACUGUGAUGAAGAGUUGUGAAGAGGCGUAACCAGAAACAAACUGGGAAAACUCAGGAGUUCAGUCGUUAUCCCCGAACACAUCUGUCGAAUUACAGACUGGACCUUCUCCGUUACUUUUCCUCCGUGUCGGAGGUGGAUGUUUACGGUCCCGGGAAACUCUGUAGAUGUUUCGGGUCUGACGCAGACCGAGAGGCUGGGGGCUAAGCUAACAGCUCAUUACUAGAGCAGAUGGCUAGGCUAAGCUAAGCUAGGCUAAUAGCUCCUUGCUAGAGCAGCGGGAAGGCUAGGCUAGAGUAACAGCUUCUGUUGUGACUGGACCUUGAACUUGGAGAAACUUUUGUAAAAGCAGUAGGAGCUUGAUUGUUAAGAUAUUCGUUUUCAGUUUCUGAGAAGAUAAAAUACUUUAUUUUGCUUUGAUUUUGCGGUGGAAGCAGUUGUCUUAUCGUGGUAGCAGGCUUUGUCAGCAGCCAGAAAGACCGCUCAGCCGGAGCGCGGAUUCGUUCAGGACCCCCGCAUGUGAGAGCCCUGCUGGGCUUGGUGAUCUCAGAAGGACUCGCUGAUAGCGGUGCUGCUUUCUCUGGACGCUGUGCUCCCCAGAGGAUAGUUAGCAUGGAGGCUGCGGAGCCCCACCGCGGCAACUCGGAGCGGUUACAUAACGGCAGCAGGUCGGCAGAGAAGCGGCUGAACGUCUCCUCCUCCUCCGCCUCCUCCUCAGCUCCACUGUGACACUUCUGCACGCAAACAGACCCGCAACAGCAGCUACACGACGCCGACAGCCGCAGCAUGGAGGCGGUGUGACUGCUGGCAGGCUGAACCCGCUCAGAAGAUGGAGUCCAACCCGCUGAUUAACGCUUUGGACCCGUCCAUCACCCUGUGGCAGUUCCUGCUGCACCUGCUGGAGGACCAGCGCCAGCGCCACCUGAUCUCCUGGACCGGCGAGGACGGAGAGUUCAAGCUGCUGGACGCAGAGGAGGUGGCCCGUCUCUGGGGGCUGCGCAAGAACAAGCACAACAUGAACUACGACAAGUUGAGCCGCGCACUGCGCUACUACUACGACAAGAACAUCAUCAAGAAGGUCAGCGGUCAGAAGUUCGUCUAUAAGUUUGUGAGCCAGCCCGACCCGGCGCCAGCAGACGGGCCUCGCGGUGCUGAGGAGGUCCCAAAGAAAGACGCCUGCGACCCAAUCAGCCAGCUGAAAGGCCUGGGGGGCGUGGCCUCGGUCUGCCAGUCAAAGGGCUCGGCCCAGCGCCCGGCGCCCGGCGGUGCCCAGAAGAGCUCCAGGAACGACUACAUGAAGUCCGGCCUCUACUCCACCUUCACCAUCCAAUCCCUGCAGGCCCCGCCCAACCCCCGCCCAAUCAAAUCGGAGCUGCUGCUGCAGCCGGACCCCGCCCCCAAGGCCAGAGAGGUGAGCCUGCUGCCAGAAGGCCGGCCCUCCCCUCCAGCUGGUGGCGCUGUGGACUCGCUGCAGCUCGCCCCCCAGGCCUCGCCCCGCCCCGCGCCAGCGCUCAGCCCGCAGGCCGCCGCCAGCAGCCAAUCACAGAACCCCCCCGGCCCUCCUCUCAGCGAACCCCCCCACAUCUACCUCACCAGCGUGGGCGACUCGCCCCCUUUCGCCCCCCUGCUCCCCCUGGCUCCCGGCGGGGGCCGAGGUCCAGGCUCCGCCCCUGACGGGCCGCCGGCCCCCCUGCUGGAUGACCUCGCGGCCCCCCCGCACCACCCUGUGUUCGUCAUCAUCAACCCGUCGCCCCCUCCCCAGGCCCCGCCCCCACCCCCACCCGUCGUCAUCAAAGAGGAGAACCUGCCGUCGGAGGAGGAGCUGCUGGAGAUGGUGACCCUGCAGAGGAAGCCGGCGGACCAGGUUCCCCAGCUCGACUGUGGCCCAGCAGAACCAGAACCACUCAUCACCAUCGUGGAGAGCCCCCCUCCUCCGGGGCUGGACGCCCAGCAGGAAGUGGAAGGGGGCGGGGCCAAGGAUUCUCUAGCAGAGCCCUUCGUUGCCACAGUAACGUGCUCCUCCUCAUCUUCGGCGUCGACCUCGCCGUCCUGCGCCGGCCCGCCCAAACCCAAGAAGCCCCGGAUCCUGGAGCUGCCGUCCUCACCCUCCCUGCCGCCAGGCCUCUCCCUGGAUAAGGUGAACGCCGCCGUCAACAGUCUGUUGGCGCCGGGCGCCCCCAACACUCUGACACCGACCGUCAUCACCUCCCACGCCCUGACCCCAGUGCUGCUGACCCCCAGUGCUCUUCCCUCCACCAUCCACUUCUGGAGCACGCUCAGUCCCAUCGCCCCGCGCUCACCGGCCAAGCUGUCCUUCCAGUUUCCGGCCAACGGCAGCAACCAGAUCCACAUCCCGGCGCUGAGCGUGGACGGACUGUCCACCCCGGUGGUUCUGUCCCCGGGCCCCCAGAAGCCCUGAUCCCGACCCCAGGACUCCCUUUGGACCGAAUCCUGAGGCGCUUCCGCAGCGCCACCUGCUGGAGACCCGGACCGUGAAGAUGACGAUGCCAGGUGGACGGCCUUCAUCCUCAUUAAAACCCUCGUCUUCGUCAGAAUGGUGCUGGGCGACGCCGGGAACCCAAAGCAUCCGGAACCGACCGGAACCAGAAACUGAAGCCGGACGGUGGUUGACUGGUUUCUCUGUAACCAUGGCAACGCCCAUCAGCACCGCACCAGUCUGAGAACCGGGAGGAAAGGUCGGCGCAACCAGAACUUUGGGAUUCUGUUUAUUUAUGCUGGAUUUGCUCCAGACGUUCCUGAUCCGACUUGGGUCGGAUUAAAGAUCCAUUUUACAGACCGAGCUCUGCUCUGAUUGGCCACGCCUUCCCUGCAACGGACCAAUCACAGAGCAGCGUCCUCCCUGCAGGGGGCGCUCACAUUCCUCCUCCUGGAUUUCAGAUCUAAACUGUAAAUAUUCCUCUGUUGCCACAGAUCGGUUCUGUUGAGGCGGGUUCGAUCAGAACCCCUGAACUGGUUCUGGUUGCCAUAGUAACUCGUUGAUCCACAAUGGAUCUUUGCUAAAACUGAUGUUUUUGGUCCAGAACCAGAGUGCUUAGUCUGGAUUGUUCCGCUUGAUCUGAUCAGAACCUCAAACCCAGCCGCUGUAGAGCGGUUCCGACGGUCUUUCAGGGUUCCAGUUUCAGGAAUAUCGGACCAUUUCUGUCCGGAGAACGUCGAACUAACGGAGAACUCCGACCUUUAGGAUCUACCGACCGGAUUGGACCGGAUUCAGGAAGUUUCAGGAAAUGUUGAACGUUUUUCAGGACGAAAUAUUGUUGAGCGGCUCUGAUGAACGAGCGGCACUUUACUGAGGAGGAGGAGGAGGAUGAAGGUGGAGGGUGAGAUUCUCCAGUUUGGAGAAGAAACCAUCUGACUGUUGCUAGCUGUGGUUGCCACGGUAACCUGACAUGACUGUUGCUGUUGCCUUCAUAGUGUUUCUGAGUCGCUGAGGUCGGGUCGGGUCAGACCCACCUGGACUGGAUCCGUUCCCUCACACAGUACCUGUGCUCAGUCUGACCUUUCCCUGAAAGGUCAGACUGAGCACAGGUCCAAUCAGUCAGCAGGUACGAUACGCGCAGCGUCCACCGAACGCAGUGUCCUGCAUGCUCGGACCCACUUAGACCGUAUCCUUGUACAUAUCUGACCUUUCCCUGUUGCACUCCGACUUGGACGGACUCUCAUACCAGACAUGGUCUCGGAUUUGGACACAGCCGGGUCACAGACGCCAUGUUUGGACCUUCAACCCUUCAGACUCGGACCAUCAGAACCUGUUGCUAUUCAGAAACCCGGUCCUGAUGAGGAACCGGGAUUUCUGAGGUUGGGUUCCUUUGGCCCGAGUUCUGGUGCCGACUGUGUCCUGAUGAUGGGGCUUCCCAGCCUCUGCGGGUCCCUGAAUGCAGCAUGACUCUAUUUUUCUACCAGAGAUCCGAGUUUAUUUUGUUCUCAAAGUUGCCUUAAAGAUCCUGAGCAGCAGGAAGGAGGUUCUGGAAGAUUCUGUCCGACCAAGAAGCCAUGUUUGUGGACCAGAACAUUUCUCUCACCAGCAGAACCUGAAGAAUGUCUCCACACUGAUCACUCAGCAUUUCCUCCUGCUGCUCCGUGUGGUUCUGUUUGAUGGAACUGGACCCGACUUCUGAAGGUAUCUGCAGAACCCGAAACUCCAUUCAGACCCGACUCGUUUCUGUGUGCGGGUGUGACCCAUUUAGCUCCGUCUGUCUGAGGUUCUUCUCUGCUGGAGCCGAUGGAGAACCUGGCAGGUGUCUGCUGAGCAGAACCUAAAGGUUUGGUUUUGACCUGAAGGGAUCUGAUGGAGGCUUCAGCAGAACCUCAGAGUCUCUGUUUACCCGGUUCCUUGGGCCAGAACAUCCUGAGUCACUAUCCCUGUUCCAUGACGGGGCUUCAAAGCCCCACGACCCGUCUGACAACACUAAAGUCUUUAGAUGUGACACCGCCGUCAGGUGGUCGGCUCCGCCUCCUUUAGGUCAGGUGGUCCCUGGCUCCGCCUCCUUUAGGUCAGGUGGUCCCUGGCUCCGCCUCCUGGUGGUGCUGAUGUUCUAGGGUUUUCUUUCUGACCUGCUGAUCUUCUUUUAUUACUUCAGUGUGGUGGGCGGGGCUAAAACCCUAUUUGUGUUAUGUCCCAUGAUGCUUUGCAGACAGGAAGCUCCAGAACGUUUUCUGUACAUACAUGAUGCUCCUGAUCACAUGACUGUUUAACCUGUACUAUGUGACUGGGCCGACCAAUGACAUGUUUCUGUCGUCACUCCUCAAGGCAUGGCCCCGCCCCUCCUCGGCUGCCAUUGGCUGGAGGGUUGAUUGAUGUAAAGGGGCGGGGCCUGCGUUUAUUUUUCUGGGUCUGACGACAAACUUUAAAUCAAAAGAUAUUUUUAUUUGAUGUAAACAUUGUUUUCUACAAUCGCAUCAGGAAAUAAAGAUUCAUCCGAGUCUCUA